ACACUUGGGACUGGACAGAUUUGAAUCCCUGGGAAAUGUCCGGGAGCGAAAAUUAAGGUUUUCAUUUUUCUAAUCCUGCACAGGUACAUUUUUAAAGGGGUUAUUUAUCCAUUCUUGACAGGGAAAAGAAAACUAAAUCUCUGUUAAGUAUAAUGAAGCUCUCAGGCGGCUGCUGGCUUGUCUGAAAGGGAAACUGAGACGUCGAGUCUAGGCGCAGAAGAGCACUGAUGGCCAGCGUGCAUGUGAGAGUGGAACAGAGUCGGUUUACUGUUGACAAGGCCUUGCUUACACAAAACUGUGAGUAUUUCCGAGCGCUUUUCGAGUCAGGGAUGAGAGAAUGCCAGCAGGAGGAAAUUUACUUAGGAGGACUAAGCACUACAGGAUUCAAAAUCACACUUGAGGUUCUGGCAGGUGGCCGGCCCAUACUGGACUGCGAUGAGAUAGUGGAGGCUAUAGAAUGCGCUGCUUUCUUGCAAGUGGAAAAGCUUGCCAAGCAUCUUGUUGAUAUAAUAAAUUCUAGCAACUGUCUUGUCAUGUACCAUGCUGCAGCCACUUACGGCCUGCUGGGCCUGUACCACAGCUCAGCUCUGUUCAUCAGAGACAUGUAUUCCGAAUUCCAGGACGACCUGGGCUGUCUGCCCCAAGAGCUUGUCGACUACAUCAAGUCCCUCAUCCCCAGCAGGUUCGUCGGCGUGGCCAGCCACUCCCCCAGCCUCGAACUUCUCCAAGACCCGUCUCGCACAAUCUGCUAUCUGGACGAAGAAGAGAGGAGAUGGAAAAAGCUGACCCAUUUACCGGUGGAGGCGAGCACCUCCAUGUCGGGUGUCGCUGUCUUGGAUAACAAACUGUACAUCGUCGGAGGUGUGCGCGGUGUCAAUAAGGAGGUGGUGGAGCUUUGCUUCUGCUACGACGCAGAAAAUGAUUCCUGGAACAGGCUUCCUAGCCCCCAGCAACUACGCUACAGCCUGACGCUGAUAGGUCACGAGGAUCACCUCUACGCCAUUGGAGGGGAGCACGAGAGAACAAUCAUGUCAUCGGUGGAGAAGUACCAGGUGUCAGCAGGCACCUGGUCCUUCACCUCCCAGCUGCCGCGCCCAGCUGCUGGCGCGGCCUGUGCCAAGGCCAUGAGCAGGAUAUUCGUGUGCCUGUGGAAGCCGAUGGACACUACGGACAUCUAUGAGUACGAUCCCAGCUCAGAGCAGUGGAUCCUCAUCACCACACUGAUAAGGCAGCAGAGCUACGGCCACUGCAUGGUGGCCCACCGGGACAACCUGUACGUGAUGCGGAACGGACCCUCGGACGAUUUCUUGAGAUGCAUGAUAGACCGUUUCAACAUCACAACGGGACAGUGGACGGCUCUGGCCGGGCAGUAUGUCAACAGUAAAGGGGCCCUUUUCACUGCGGCGGUGAGGGGGGAUUCCGUGUUCACUGUGAACCGCAUGUUGACCUUGGUUUAUUCGAUAGAGCAGACCAAGUGGAAGCCAAAGAAAGAGAUGCAAGGAUUCCCAAGAAGUGGCUCCAUGCAGACAUUUCUACUGAGGCUGCCAAGGUCAAGCCAGAAGCUUACCAGUAUCUUGGGAGACAGCGACCAAGACUUGGAUCUGAACAAGAGCAGUGCUGAACCAUAAUUGCACAAUGCUGCUGCCUUAAGCAUGGUUAUGUAGGUUAGUUAAAAUGUAUAGAAUUUCUUAGCAGUUUUAACACUGGUGCAGUAUUAAUUUAAAUAAUGUGAUCUUAGUAUGUUAGUCAUUUUCUGUGUAUUCCAUAUUUAAAAUAGCUCAUGCUGGAAGGGGGCAAAUACUUUCUCCUCUCACUAUAUACACAAGAACAGAAAAGUAAACUGGAGCACUUUCAAAAUAAGCAUCACAAGAUUCAUGAACUCUAUUCACUUUAAUGGCAUUAGGCUUUCCUGCUGACCACAGUAAUAAUACUGUCAUACUAUUUCUUAAUGUUUAAAAACACAGUAAAUCAGGAUAACAGACCCCAUUCCCCUGGACUGGUGGAUAUGUCCACCAUGUACUCUGAUGGUUUGUACAAGUUCUUCCAUUCGCAGUGCUCAGACACUCAGAGCACUUUUUUUUCCUUGGAAAACCUCAAGAUCUGUGAUCACACUAACUGCUGUGAACGUAUUUUUUAUGUGCUUGCUCAUUUCUGUGAUUUGAUAAACAUCACUGCUUGUUUUCCAUGGACACCGAAACAAAUGUACUAAACACUUGGAAAAAUAUGUCUUUAAAAGGUCUUUCCUGUUCCGAGAAUAAAAACAGGUCACUUCUAAACCUCAGAGUCCCCAGGGUCAGCAUGCCAGAGAAAUGUAGAUCUGAUACUGUAGGCAGGGCGUCGGAUACAGGAGCGUGGUAAAUAAACACCAAAAACAUUUCCACAGGCCUGGACACAGAUCAUUUUUCACAGGGUUAAAAGUACAAAACAUCUGCCUUACUAUAUUAGGAUAAAAAGUACAGAAAGAAAGGUCAGUGCUGAGGUUACUCCUUUUUUGCUUCCAAGAUUAUCUAAAAUGAGAAAGAAACUUCAAACAGGAGAUGUGUGGUCUUGAGCUGCACAGGUCGCAGUUCUAGUGAGCAGUUGGUGUUCCUGUUCGUACCAUUUGAAAGACAAAGGAGGUAGUUGUAGUUCUUUAAGUUCAAAGUGUAGGGUCACGCUGUAAUCUGGAAGGGGAAGAAAACACGAUGAAGUCCUGCCGUGUUUUCAUCUUGAUCCCAAGCCCAGGCAUUUUAAUUGGCAGUUACUGAAACCAUAAGAAUCCCCUCCAUUCAGCCAUUAGGAGUUACUGUACUGUAUACUGUAAAUUGCUUUCAGGUAAAAUGCAAAAGAAUGUGAUUUUAAUCAAGUACAGGUUUUUCACUUCACUUCUCAGAUAUUCAAUCGUAGCAAUGCUGCCAAUAAAUUCCUCUCUCCGGGAUAAACCACGCUGGAGACGUCCCCUGCAACACUAAUAUGGGUUUUAUUAAUUGAAGGUUGAUAAAAGAAAAGCCAUCACAAAUUUUAUCAUCCUCAUACAUACCUAGUCUAUCAUCGCAAGAUAAGAAUCUCUAACAGAUGCCAAGUUCAUUCCUCCUUUUGAUGUCCCUUGUCACUCUGACAAUUAAAUAAAACUUGGUUUGGUUCCCA